ACACCCGGUCUGUUGUUUUGUUUUUUUUUUUCUUUUUCAUAAGAAGUUAUGGGAAAAGGAAAAUCCAACAAUAAGGCACGUUUCGCUUUUAAUGUCUUGUGGUCUGUAUCAGUAAUUUCCAUUCAAAUUCGCAAUAAUAUUUUUUGCAUAAAAAACAGUAUGAUCAUAUAGUCCCCACGUGGUAGUUCUAAAAAGCAAUUUUUAGUACAAGCGGUUCCGUUCCACAAAUUUUGGGUAGAGCUCUAGCAGCUGUUCUAACACAGCACAUUCCACAACACAAUGUUCAAAAAUCUCCAGACAUGUAUGUUUUUUGGUGCUAGAGAAAUCUGCCGAAAUUCAUGCAAAAUUGAUCAGAUGAAGAAGAUAUAUAACAAAACCAAACAUUGUUCGAGAAUAUAGAGAACCCUUAAUUCUGUUGGGUUUGUAGCAGAGCGCAGCCUAAGCAGUAAAAAACGUCAACACGCGCAGGGCGGUGCAAUUGACAUUUCUUUGAAAGAGUUUGAAUCAUUUGGUUUGUAUGUUCUUUUCGACCAACUAGCAUCAUUGUUGUGAAUGUUUUAAUUUGACCACACUUUACAAUAACAUAAUGUCUUACCAAUAUUUAGCAACAAACUUGCUGCUCGAGACACUGACGCGCAAUCUGGAUACGUAUGAUCCGGGUCCAAAGAAUAUUGAUACAUUCACUCUGACACAGAUAGAAACGCUGAUGGAAAAAUUUCAGCUAUUCCUAAACGACUCUACGCACGUGUCUUUUGAGGACGACGAGCAGAACAGGGAUAAGAUUAUGAUGCAUUUUUAUCAGCAACCAAAUGUUGUACGUUGCCGGAGUUGCAACAAGUGCCUGAAUGAGUAUGGUGCCGUAAUCGAUCAUAUCAAGCUACAUGAGCGACAAAAAGAGCAGGAAGAAAAAGAAUCCAAACCGAUCAACCCGAAUUUUACGAAGAAAAACUGUAUCCCAAGAUCGAACGAAAAGUUGUCCAAAAGCAUGAGGAAAUUUUUAAGCAAGAACCCCACUACAGUCAUUGAUGAGGUAAUAGCCGAAUGCGACUACGUGGAGCACGAUAUUGACAAUGCAAGGGUGCUGCUAGAUUUGGAGGGAUGUUUAACACAAUAUUAUCCAUCCGUCAAGUGUUACCCAUUUGGUUCCCGUACCGUCGGUACUGGCUCACUCUCUAGUGAUCUCGAUGUAUUCGUCGAUCUUUAUAAUGUUUAUUUGGGAAGAAACGAUGCACCAGAGACGCUAAUGGAAUCGAUUGGAAAGAUAGAACACAUUCUUAAGAUUACAAAGGAAUGGACUAUCGAUGAGAUUAUCUUAAACGCCCGUGUGCCAUUACUACGAAUAACAAGCUUCAAUUAUGAUCAUCUACACUGCGAUUUAACGUUUAGCAAUGGACUGGCGCAUCGUAAUAGUUUGCUGUUGCGGUAUAUGUUCAGUUUGCAGCCAAACGCACGUAAGCUUGUGUGCUACCUGAAGAAUUGGAAUCGAGAGAGUUGCCUAAAUUCGUACACCCUGUCACUGAUGGUUAUUUUCUUGUAUCAGUGUUAUAAUCUACUGCCGUCUGUAGCUGAACUGCAGGAAGAUUCACGCCACGACAUCAUUAUCGAUGGUUGGAAUGCUGGCUUUGCUACACCUACAUUAGAAGAGUUAAACAUGAAGCUGUGUGAAUCAUCGAUUUCGUCGCUGGCACGUAUGUUUUUUGAGUUUUACAGUUUGAGAAUGGAAACACGGGUGGUUUGUCCAUUUCUCGGACCUAUAGUGCUGUUGAAGAGUUUCUUCGAUUCCCCAAAUUACGAGGAUAUACCGACACAAAUGGGACGGCUCAAGCGUUACAUGCAGGAACAUCAAGCUGACACAAACACCAGAAACCUGUUCGUGUAUCGUAAGCCGUUCGUUGUUCAGGACCCAUUUGAACAUAGUCACAACGUAGCCAAAGCUGUCCCGGUAGAGGUAGCCGCACGAAUAAUGCGUUCGUUCGAAUUGAGCAUGCAAUCUAUUUGCGUAAAAGAAUGAAUUCAAGAAUCUAGAGAACUGGUGAUGUUCAAUUGAAGUAACGUUUACCAACACUAACAGGGAAGUUUUUUGUCUCGAUAAGGAUCCUCAGAUGGGAAGAAUGCAU